GAAGGCAAGAGCUUCACUUGCCUUGUCCUAGAGCCGUCCUUGAGUAAACCUUAGUUCAUAGCAAUUUCAUAUCCUCAAAAUUUUAGAACAAUGAGUUCAUAUCUUUGCACAAAAUGCCCAACUGCUCUCAGAAACUCCACAACUAAAUUCCCUUAUCCAGAAACACCAACAUCUAGGAAGCAAGUUAGUUGUUAUCCUUUCAUUAUUAAAAGUAAACCCCUCAUCUCCCAGAUUUCACUCUCCAGUAGCUCAUCAACAAGAACCUACAGUGCUAGUGCUGAAGACGAAUAUCCCACUAUGUCAGAAAUUAUGGAAGCAUCAAGAGCCCAAAAUCUUGAUCUUCAGCUUCAAAAACUGGGACCCUUUUUUAGAAUAACAGCUAGGAGCUUAAAAACCCAAAGGGAGCUUGGAAAAGCUGAGGGUUUGAUAAGGGUGUGGUUUCAAGGUAAAAUUCUACACUUGGACUCCAUAAGACUAAAGAGAGAGACUUUGGGGAUGGAAAAAUCAAUAUUUGGGAUUGGAUUGUUCAUUGGAGCAGUUGCAAUCAGGCAUGGUUAUGAUUCUGGUUGUGGAAAAGCUGAGUUGCUCGCCAUUUAUGACACUGAGCUUUAUCACUCCAAGCUUGUGAGGUUCUACACAAGGAUUGGUUUCAAGUCAGUUCACCAAGUUACUGGAGAAUCACUGGGAGAUGUUGGCCACAUGUUGGUCUGGGGUGGUGUAGGUACUCGAAUGGAUGCAAAUAUUGAAGAUCUUCUUGUUAAAUGGUGCACCAGAUUUAAACCAAAGAGUUAAAUUUACUUAAGGAACUCAGCCUCAAUUUGUUUAUAGCACAAUCGCUUUUGCCAAGUCUGAGGUGUAUAUAUGAAAAAUGACGAAUACUAGAUUAAGUGUAGUUUGUGUUUUUUCUUUUCAGAAGAAUUAAUUGUUUCUGCUAAUAUAUCGAAAUGACGAGCAUUUUGAUCUAUAUGAUGAUUACCUACCAAAACAUGGUGUGUUUGGCAUUUGUAUUCUUUAUAAGAUUUGGAGAGACUUGGAAAAACUUCAUUGCCACAA